AUCCGAGAUCCCAACUCUAGCCACGGUUAUGGCUGCCACUUUACUGUCGUGGUGGCUGUCUAGAUCGAAGGAUCACUUUCGCUUUGCGAAAGAUCUUCUCCGUCAGUUGUUUACUUAGUUGCGUGCGCAUCGACGAGUUACUAACAGUGACGUGAUAAAUUCGAACCACAUCAGAUAACGCACAAGGAUGGUUAAGUUCGUGUGACGAGCGCUUUUUGUUGAGGGAUGCGUCUCGCGACAAGAUCGACCGCCUCUUGGAUCAAGUCCGUGCUCUCGUACGUCAUCGGAUAGUAAUUCUUUGGUUUGGUUCGUGAUUGAGACUCUGCGACGUCUGACCUAUAGGCUAAGGAAGCGGGUCUUGGGUCGGGUGUUCAGCCAAAUCACGAGAUGAUCCAGCGCCGCCCAUCCGCCUCGCCAAGGCACAAGCAGGAGUCCCAGCCUGUCAUUGUGAAAGCUCCUGCGCAGAGUGAAACGAUCAACUCGACUAACUUAGGGGUUACAGUGCCGCGAGAUCAGCUGAAUUUCAUACCACCUGCGGAACAGUUCCUAUCAUUAUGGAUGGAAGGGCCUGCACCAGCUGGACCCUGGCGCCAGCUUCCUCAUCCCAAUUCUCCGGAUUUCGCGGGCCCUUCCAACGGUUCCAACACCAUCCAGGUGGACCCGGCGUCCCUGCUUCCUUCAUCAUUUGUCACAGGAGUCCCGAAUCCCCUUGCAGGAGUAUAUGAUGACGGUAUCGUUUGCCCCAGUGCCCAUGACGCGCAGCAGCCUGCAUUCAAUCAAUGCGCCCCCAAUUCUGGCGGGUGUCCUACUAUACAUUCACCGCUUCCGGCACGGGGUCCAAGUGCCGUUGCCCAACAGGCAAUGACACAUAGCGUCGGAGGGACGGGUGCCUUCGUUGCAUCAAAUAAUGGAUAUCAGCAAGUUCCCAGAAACUCCCCUCGCAAUUACCCCACCCCACCUUUCAUACACCUCGCUCAGCAUUCAAGCCCAUCGCGUAUGCCACAUACACAGAAUCCACACCACCAAAGUUGGGCUGCCACGCACACCUCUGCCAGUAAUAUGACACAAGCGCUGACAGGGCAUAACGGAGGGGUUGGGACGCAGAUGGGACCCUACCCCAACGCAAAUCCAGGCACCAGUAAUGGGAUCAGGUGGAAAGGAGCUGGUGGUCACCGGUAGAGUGGCCUAGCAUACACAUGUAUUAUCGUGAUUAUUGCCCCCAUACACAUUCGUAGGAUUUGCAGCUUAUCCGCUCUCGGUAGACGGACCAACAAAGGAUAUAUAUGUUCGAUCCACUUGUCUUUGUAUUUGCAUUUUGUUUCUCGUUUUACCUUCAUGUCACUAUGUAAUCUUAGGUUGCUCUUUUGGCCGCGAUGAGGAAGAAUGAUUCUAAUGCAAGAUAAUUGAUAACGGGAGUU